UUAAGCAGGGUUACAAUGCAGUUUGCCAUAAUUCAACAGGACAUCAGUCAGCCAUCAGCAUUACAUUGUUCAACAUGUCGCGCUUCAGCUUUGAAACUACAAGCAAUGUAAGAACCUUUCGGCAUCAACCGUCCAUCCACCAUCCCCACGUGGAAUGUGCGAGUUGUCACAGUCCCGUUGAGGCAAAUGAGCCAUACAGUCAUCAUUGGUUGUCCGGCGAGGAUGCCCAGCACACCAAACUGGAUCUGGAGAAGAAACUGCUGCUCAGGCAGAUCGAGAAGGAACGCAUUGAAACCUUUAUGAUUUGUGAUGAAACCCAACAAUAUGGUGGCGUUGAAGAAUUUCUACUGCAAGCCGGAACGCAAGCACUGCCGCAGCUGUUGCGCUUCUUGAAAUACAAGGCCAGCGAACUGGUUGUCACUAUGGGCUUCUAUCAUUUCCUGGACAUUGAGGCAACAAUCGACAUGGUCAUCGGUCGGCUCGCUCAGAAGAUUUGCAGCUAUAUGUAUAUGGCGGAAGGAGUUAUGCUGGAUGACUGCGCCAUCAGGCGAAUAAAACUGACUGUCAAACGGCUUAACAAUGGACCAGAAGUGCUACCACUGCAGUAUCGCAUCAAGAACAGUGGUGGUUUCAAGGCCAAGGACAAUAAUAAGAAGCCGGUGAAUUUGUCGCUCCUCAACGAGAGCUAUCUCAACUAUCAUGGAAAACGUUUUGGCAAAUUUCCCGACUCCCUGCAAGUGAAUCUCUAUUGCUUCCAUGUCUGCCCCGAGACCAAAGAACUGAUUGCCGUGCCAUAUUUGAUCAGAAGCGAAGAUGUGAAGAACACACCCACAUUUCUCAUUCAAAACGAUGUGACUGGAAAAUUUCGUGGCAUGUAUGAAGUACGCAAUAUUCGAAGAUUUCUGCGCACGGAACCCAACGAUCGCUUUGUUGAAUGCACCGUUUGUAUGGGGGUAUUCGCGAGUCGUAUGCACUUUGUAUUACAUAAACAAAUGGACUGUGGGAAUGAAGUUGAGGUCUUGCAAAUGGACGGCGAGUCUUUUGAGACAUACGAAAAUUGCAUUACUCUGCCAAAGGAGUUCUUUAAACUCGACUUUAUCGGAAUUCGCCCUAAUUAUUAA